GCAUAGUUGCCAAAAAUCUUAACUAUGAUUGACUAUACUUUGGAUCAGUGUAAAAAUAAGUUCAAAUACCUAAAGGCAAAAUACGUAAAAGUUAAGAAUAGCAUGUCCGACAGAAAUACGGGGGGCAAAAAAAUUACGUUCGAUUACUUCGAUGAAUUUGAAGAAAUGUUUGGCAAAGAUUCUAACAUUGAGCCUGUGGCGAUAGCUAGUUGCAGCGGACUAUACAAAAAGCAAGCCCCUGAUGAACAAAAAAAAAACACUCAUGCUCAUCAAUUUGAAACGGCAACAGCGGAGAGUACCCCAAAAAAACAAAAAUCAUCACCUGUUCACAAAAAAAAAGUUAAAAAAAACAUUAUUCGCAAAUGAAUUGAAAAUGGUCA